AUGACUGCUGUAGCAUCUCCGCCUAGUGUGCAAUCGGGGCCUCGUUUGGGAUGGUACAACUCUGGUAACGGAGGUCAAGGAGCUCUGUCUUCAAUGAACGCGGACGAGGUUUCUCGGAUAUUUGCGCCACGAAAAAGUGUCCAGAGAUCGAAUUCUUCGUCUUCUCUGGGAUCGAACUCUUCUACUUCUACCGCGAUCGUUUCCUCGCAAAAUACUAAUGCCGGCCAAAAUUCAAACGCUGAAUCAAACACCUGGUCUUCAAAGAAAAAACCCACGAGGAAUAUUUGGCCUAGCACCAAGUCGGAACCGGUAUCUGGGGUAACCAAUACUCGGUCUCAAGUGGUGCCCGCCUUUUCCUCAGGGCCUUCGCCCUCUACGAUGUCCGCGAUGCAUCAACCUUCCAACAUCGUCCCUUCUCAGCAUAUGCUCCAGUCUCCUCAGCAGAAUGGGGUCCGGCCGGGCGGCGGGCCGUCUGGGGACCCGCCUGCUAUAUUGACACUGCUGCCAAUCAAUGGCACUUUCGAAAAGAAACAAAUUAAUGUUCCCUACUUUCCAGAACUAUUGCGGAUUGGUCGGCAAACAAACGCCAAAACGGUUCCGACAUCCCUCAAUGGAUAUUUCGACUCAAAGGUUCUUUCUCGGCAGCAUGCGGAGAUCUGGGCCGACAAAAGCGGCAAGAUUUGGAUUCGAGAUGUGAAAUCCUCCAAUGGUACUUUUGUUAACGGACAACGACUGUCCCCCGAAAACCGCGAAUCUGAUCCCCACGAGCUCCGCGAAAACGACACCUUGGAGCUGGGAAUCGAUAUUGUCAGCGAAGAUCAGAAGACCAUUGUUCACCACAAGGUUUCCUCCAAGGUUGAGCAUGCUGGUGUUUACGGAAGCAUCCCCAAUAUCCUCGAUCUUACCCUUGGGGAUCUGGAUCCCGCCUCUGGAGGUGGACUUCUCCCGUCACCUUUGAGUCAGCCACUUUCCCACAUGCGUGGACGAGCGGGAAGCUCGAUGAGCAACCGAAGUGUGCAGAGCAAUGCGAGCAGCCAGAUUAAUGCGCUCCAGCAACAGCGCCAAAUGAAUUACUGGAACUCCCCGAUUUCUAUCGAGCAAGUUGUCAAAAGACUCACGAGCGAAAUGAAGCAAGCUAAACAGCAAUCACAAGAUCUCCACCAAACGGACGAUUUCUUGACAACGCUAAUGAAACCGGGCCACCCAGAAAAAGAAAAAAUUAAACCCCCACCGGCAGAGAACAAUGUGCCUCGUCAAGUAAAUGGAAGGCCAAAGAUGCCGCGUGUCGAUUCCUUCUCGAGAUUUUCCGAUCCUCCUGCACCACCACCUCAACAACCUUUGCCCGAAAAGCCCGAUGCUUUACCGCGCAACACUACCGAUGCCGUGUCACCUCUCAAGCGCACCGAGACAGAAAAGCAGAAGCCAGCCGUUAGCUCGCCCAUUACACGCGAAUCCAAUCAGUUCCAAAGCCUUCAGGAUGCCUUUAACUUGGCCAGAAGGGAACUCGAGAGUCAAGGUGCCCGCGUGAAAGAACUGGAAGCUCUAUUGCUCCAGGAGCGAAGCGCUAGGGAGUCGGCGGAAGAAAGAGCUCGAAACCUGGAAUUGCAGUCGAGCAACGCUAGCCAAGAGCCAGAGACAAAGGCCGCCGCGGAGCCGCUUGUUGACGGUGUUCAAGAGAAUGAAGCUGAACAGGAGGCUGUCGAGAAGUCUCAUGAGUUAGAGAAUGGCAUCCUUACUUCUGAAACAGACAUGCCCAAGCCUGAUGAAAACGCGCUGGCUGCAGAAGCCGAAAGCAAACAAUUACAUCGCCGUCUGGAGAUGAUGAUGGCGGAGAUGGAGGAAAUGAAGCAGCAGGUCUCUGCCUUCAAGGACCGUGCGCAAAAGGCAGAGGACGAGACUGUUUCGACCCGAAAGUCGCUAGCAGAAAUGAUUGAGACGCUGCGUCGAGAGCGCUCAGAAAUGCGCGACACAGGGAACAAGUCGGUGACUAAUGUGUCCGACUCGUCUUCUGAGGCUGCUCCUUCAAAGAAAAAUGCCACGUAUUCCAAUGGUCAAGAUUCUGGAGUGUGUCAAGAACCUGUGAAAUCGCCUCACACCACAGAGGGUGAAAGUGCCGCCACAUCCUUCGCAGCGCAACGGCACAAACAAAAUGCCCUCGAGCAUUCAAGCCCAUAUGCAUCAAUGCUUGGUGUUGUACUUUUAGGAGUAGGCCUAAUGGCCUAUCUGAACGGAUGGCAGAAGAUGGACAAAUGA